AUGGAGGAGGUGGAGGUGGCGCCGCCGCGGGCGCACGAGGUCCGCGUCAGGAUCAUCUGCACCUCCCUCUGCCACACGGACGUCACCUUCUGGCGCAUGAAGGAAUUUCCGGCCAUGUUUCCAUCCAUCCUGGGCCAUGAAGCAAUCGGCGUGGUGGAGAGCGUGGGGGACCAUGUCCAGGAGGUGGCCGUGGGGGACACGGUGGUGCCGGUGUUCCUUCCGCAGUGCGGCGAGUGCGACGACUGCCUGUCCGCCCGCAGCAACAUCUGCUCCGCGCUGCCCUACCGCCCCGGCGGCAUGCCGCGGGACGGCACCACGCGCUUCUCGCUCGCCGCCACGGGCGAGGCCGUCCACAGCUUCCUGUGCGUCUCCAGCUUCGCCGAGUACACGGUGGUGGACGUCGCGCACCUCGUCAAGCUCGACGUCGUCGGCCCCGCGUCACUGCCGCCGGAGAAGGCGUGCCUGCUCAGCUGCGGCGUCACCACCGGAGUUGGUGCGGCUUGGAAGGCUGCGGCGGUGGAACCCGGCUCGACCGUAGCCGUCUUUGGACUAGGAGCUGUUGGGUUAGCGGUAGCGCAAGGGGCCAGGAUGCGAGGAGCCAAGAGGAUCAUUGGGGUAGACUUGAAUCCUGACAAGUUCGAGAUCGGCAAGAAGAUGGGGAUCACCGACUUCGUAAAUCCAAAUGAUGUCGCGGAGAAGACCGUGAGCGAGGUCAUCAGGGAGAUGACCGGCGGCGAAGGCGCCGACUACUGCUUCGAGUGCAUCGGUUCAGUUUCAGUCAUGGCGGAAGCAUUCCAAAGCUCACGAUCGGGCUGGGGGAAGACGGUCGUCCUCGGCGUCGACGGCAGCGCGGCGCCGAUCAGCGUGCCGUCGUUCGACAUCAUGCGGGGGCGGUCGGUCACCGGCUCGCUCUUCGGCGGGAUCAAGCCCAAGGACGACAUCCCCAUGCUGGCGCAGAAGUACCUGGACAAGGAGCUGGAGCUGGACGAGUUCAUCACGCACCAGAUGGGCUUCCACGAGAUAAACCGCGCGUUCGACCUGCUCACGCAGGGGAAGUGCAUCCGCUGCAUCAUCUGGAUGGACUACGGCGCCAAGGAGAACGGCGCGUGA